UAGUCAUAGUCAUACCAUGUUUUUCGUGCCCACUGCCUAGUGAAACUAGCGACAAGAGCUCUCAGGUGGGACGGAGAUGCGACUCAUUGAAUGAAACACUGACAAGCGAGAAAACUCGAUUAAACAAUCAGUUUAAGAAUUUUUCCAAUUAUAGUAUUUCAUCAAAACCGCCAGAUAGAAAGAACCGGCUGAGGUGUUGUUUGGUGUCUUUAGACGCGGAACUAGUUUCCUACAACAAAAUGAGUUCUGCCAAAUAUGAACAUGGAGGUAACAGGCCUGAGCAGGUCAACUUAAUGACAGAUCAACAGAAGAUCAUGAACCGAAGAUCAUCAAAACGGAAGAUCAGCAUCAUCGCUGGGGUCAUCAUCGCCAUGCUUGUAGUGGCCGCAGUUGUCGGAUUUCUCUUGUGGCUGUUUCUUGAAAGGUCCAAAGAGUUGGAAAAUGAGUCCAUGUUAAAGCAGCACAACCCAUCCACUCUGGUUUACACUGGACACAUUAGGCUUCUGAAACCUGAAUAUAGCCCAGUAUACGAGGACCCCGAUGGCCCAGAAUUCCAACGAGUGGCAAAGGACUUGGAAGGAAUUAUGAACGAGACAUUCACGAAAGAUCCUUUCCUGUCAAAAUACUAUACCAAGUCUGUCAUCACCGCUUUCAGUGAUGGAUUGUUGGCGUAUCAUUGGAUCCAGUUUGAUGUUUCUGUGGAGGACCAGGACCUUCUCCCAGAGCUGACAGAGGAGCGCGUGGUCGGGGCUCUGCGGAGGAGCAUCCGCCAGGAAGGCAGACUCACCGGGAAUGUCGCAGUCACUGCAACUGACAUUACAGCAUCAUCCACAGAUCCUCGGAUGGCCAGGGACCCCAAAUCUAAGCAAUGCUUUUCCAGUCUAGUGGCGGAACCCAAAGCCAAGGAAUUUAUGUCACCUGGGCACCCUCACAUGUACCCAGCCUACUCCCGAUGCCAGUGGCAGAUCCGUGCCCCUAAAGGCUCCGCCAUCCUCGUCAAAUUCAGGCCCUUCCAUGUAGAAGAUGAUUGUGCCAAUGACUAUGUGGCCAUCCACAACUCCCUCAGUGCUGACAGCUCUCAGGCCAUCACAAAACAGUGUGGACGUCGUCCCUCUUCAAAUCCUCUAGAGGUGGUUUCCUCUGGUAACAUCAUGCUUAUCAACCUGAUCACAGAUGAGGUUCGGAGGACAGGUUUCAAAGCUACUUACACGGCCGUUCCCGCUACUGCUGCUGGAAGCUGUGGAGGAUAUCUGACUUCUCCUAAAGGAAACUUCAGCACUCCUUAUUAUCCUAGUUUCUAUCCUCCCUUGGUGGACUGCAACUGGAAUAUCAGUGUUCCUGUUGGCAAGAAGAUUAAGGUUGCCUUCACCAUGUUCCGUGUGAAGGAGCCUGGUGUUGAUGUUGGCACCUGCCACAAAGACUACGUACAGGUGCAAGGUAGAAAGUAUUGUGGGGAGAAAAGUAGACUAGUGCUCUCUAGCCACACCAAUUCCCUAGAAGUGAAGUUCCAUUCAGAUGAAUCCUACACGGAUAAGGGAUUCAGGGCUGUUUACACUGUCUAUGACCCUGUCGACCCUUGUCCUGGUCAGUUUGCUUGCACAUCAGGAUACUGUAUCAAGAAAGAGCAGCACUGUGAUGGCUGGAAUGACUGCGAGGACAUGAGUGAUGAGAAGAACUGCAAAUGUGAUGAGGACCAGUUUGUUUGUAAAAACGGCCUGUGUAGGCCUGAGUACAGUGUGUGUGACGGGAUGGAUGAUUGUGGGGACAGCAGCGAUGAGCAGAAUUGUGACUGCGGCAUAGCUGAGGGAAAGUGUGGAGAUGGCGCUUGUAUUCAACAGGAAGUUAUAUGUGAUGGAAAUAUAGACUGUGCUGAUGGCAGCGAUGAGGUCUCCUGCAAAGAAUCGGUUGGGGUCUGUACAGAUUACUCCUUCAAGUGUAAAAACAAAGACUGUGUAAACAAAGUGAAUGCUGAGUGUGAUCGCGAGGAUGACUGCUCUGAUGGUUCGGAUGAGCAGGAAUGCAACUGUGGAAUCCGCCCCUACAGGCACAACCGUAUUGUGGGUGGACAGAAUGCAAAUUUGGGUGAAUGGCCGUGGCAGGUCAGUCUACACUUCAAGUCCGUUGGACAUGUUUGCGGCGCCUCUAUCAUCUCAAACAAAUGGCUGCUGUCUGCUGCUCACUGCUUCAUACAGCCUGAUACCAGCUACAAAAUGAUAUCUAACUGGCUGACGUACAGCGGCCUGCGGGACCAGAACAUCCAGGACAACACUGUUCAGCAGCGUACCUUGAAGACGAUCAUCACCCAUCCAAACUAUGACCAAAUGACCUACGAUUAUGACAUCUCCCUGUUGGAACUGAGCCAGCCAUUGAACUUCACCAACACCGUGCAUCCCAUCUGUCUUCCAGCACCAUCCCACCUCUUCGCAAGUGGCACUUCUUGCUUUGUAACAGGCUGGGGCACGCUCCGAGAGGGAGGGACUGUUGCACAAAUCCUGCAGAAAGCAGAAGUAAAGGUUAUUAAUGAUACAGUAUGCAACAUGGUGACCGAGGGUCAGUUGACCUCUAGAAUGAUGUGUAGCGGCUACCUAAGCGGAGGUGUGGAUGCUUGUCAGGGAGAUUCAGGGGGUCCUCUUGUAUGUCGUUCUGAUGUCGGUAAAUGGUUCCAAGCUGGUAUUGUGAGCUGGGGAGAAGGCUGCGCUCGACGAAACAAGCCUGGGGUCUACACACGUGUUACCAAACUGCGGGACUGGAUCCAUGACAUCACAUCUGUAUAGUGGACACUGGAACUGCAAGCAUACGAUGAACACAACAAGAGAAGACAAACGUUUAUUACCAUAAAUAUUUAGUGUUGGAGCAUCACUUGCACUGACAUUACUUGAAUACAGCUUUGGUUGGCAACAAAAAUUAUCAACAAUCAAAACUGUUUAAAACUACAGAAAACUCAAUUACUUAAAUACGUUUAGGGUUUUUCAUAAUAAUAAUAAUAAUAAUAAUAGCAUUUUUCAUUCAUUAUAGCUGUGAAUUAUGUUUUUCACAGAUUUAUCAAUCUAAAGUUGAGUUCAACAUUGUCUAUAUAUAUAUUAUAUAUAUAUAUAUAUAUAUAUAUAUAUAUAUAUAUAUAAUGUAUAUAAUCACUGUGUUGUACUGUUACACUCAGGAGUGGAUGGCAAAAUGUGAAUGUCAUCUUACAAGCCAUCUUAAAGUACUUUCAUUUGUUGGAUACUGAUUAUUCAACAGUAUCUUUAGGAACAGCACUUAAAGAUCAAGCUGGUGUAUAAUUAGUUUGCCCUGACUUAUGGCCUGGUGGAGGUCAUUUUGUAUUCUUUCUGAAUUAUGUUCUGUUUUUAAUGUUUGUUGAAUGCCCAAGAUUGUCUGCCUUUCUUACAAGGAGUGUACCCAGGCUCUUCUCGGAAACAAGGCCUUUUGUGUCUCAGGCUUUGGGGCAAGUUCCAAUCAUAAGUCGUUUCUUAUUGCAAAGUUCAAAAGCUUCUUUGCAAUCCAGAAAUGUCUGUAAGCAUUGCACUUGAUUUGACCUUUUUUCCAUCAGUGAGAUCUUGGGACCUCAGUGAUGAAGCUCUAAAAUGGAGGAUUAGAUAACAAAUGGGAUAUUUCCAUCAUCCAUUUGCCAAGGUCAGCAUAGGUCACUCACUUCUGCUGCAUGUUAAAGUUACAACCAAUCAAUGUCAAAGCUAGUAGCUGGAACACACUAGCAGGAUGGUCUCUCCAUCAGAGAGGCCUGAACGUAUCGAGGAAUCUAUAUGGCUCAUUCCUCAUAGACAUGGCAAGUUCCUUCCCCAUGGAAAGUCCACUUGCUGAGUAAGAUGCUCAGGUUUUGUAGUGUAGUGACAUAAUUUCCCCAGUGGCACGAGUGACAUAAGCUGUAUUUUGAGCAAUGUCAAGAAGAAUAGAUGCUAUAUUUUUGUACUAGACAGGUUUCUCAUAGCAUCUCAAAAUCAGGAUUAAGGCUUUAGUUUUAAAUGGUUAAUUAUUAAUCAACUAUAACUGUAUAAGGUAUAAGUUCAUCCAAAAAUGACAAUUCUCUCAUCAUAUAUUCACCCUCAUGUCCUCCCAGAUGUAUGUGACUUUUUCUUCUGCAGAACAUAAAGAUUAUUUUAAGAAUAUAUCAGCUAUCUCGGUCCAUGGUCAAUCCAAGUCAAUGGUGACCAGAACUUUUAAACUCCAAAAAGCACAUAGAGGCAGCUUAAAAAAGAUGACUCCAGUAGUUAAAUCCAUGUCUUUAGAAGCGAUAUGAUAGGUAUGGGUGAGAAACAAUAAUAGUUUCAAAUCACUUAUGAUUUAACAAUUAAAAUUAACAAAAUAAAUAAAUUUCCUUGACUGUCUCUUUCUUUGUGCUAGCAUCUUUACUACUCCAGUCACUGUGAGAACUUGGCAGUGCGAUACUGCAAAUAUUGUUGACUUUUGAAUGACAAAUUGCUUUUGUUCUUCAUUUGUAUGUCGCUUUGGAUAAAAGCGUCUGCUAAAAUGUAAAUGUUAUUUUAUUUUUUAUAUUUAUUUACUAUAAAUCUCCACUUUCACUUUCACAUUCUUCUUUUGUCUUUUGCCGAUUUGCCUUCUUUGAACAUAUUACCUUUAUGUGCUUCUUGGAGUGUCAAAUUGUUGGCCACCAUUCAUUUGCAUUGUAUGGACCUACAGAGCAGAAAUAUUCUUCUAAAAAUCUUAAAUUCUGUACUCCAGAAACACAGGAUAUGGAGGCUGGUAAUGUACUCUUACCAGCCUCCAUAUAGUUGGGGCUGGUAAGAGGUAGAGAUUUAUAGUAAUAAAUUACUUCAAUAUCCAAUGGUUUUAAUAAUUAAAAAUGUACAAUGUUUUCUUCACAAUAAAAUUUUACAUUUGUCAUG